AUUCAGUUAUGAGCUGAACGAACUUGACAUUUUUUUUGUUGAGUAAAUAUAGGUAGUAGCUGGAUAUUGAAAUCGAUAUAGAGUGUUUUUCACUUCCGCCAGGACCUGUUGAUAGCCUCGACCAACGGCGCUGCAAUGGAGGUAUCUGAAAUAGAAGAAUGGCUUUGAAUUAAGAAAAGAGCAACUGAAAGAAACCAUGGAAAUCAUGGAUACUCGUGGUGCCUUGGAGGCGGUGGAGAGACUGCAAGCCAAGCUGAAAGAGAGGGGGGAGGCCCCCACGCAGGAGACGCUCUCCCUGCUCAAGACGCUGCUGCAGAGCCCUCUCUUCCAUCACAUACUCACCACACAGCAGCCAAAGAGAGCGCCCAGAGCCAAGGGGAGGCGAAUUUCCAAGUCUGUGUCCAUGAACAGCGGUGCAUGCGUUGGCCUGAAGGCGCUGUCUCACAGUGACUCUUACACCUGGGCCGUGGAGAACAGACGCUCCAGCACCACCAAGUAUUUCCACCGGGAUGGAAGUCACUCCUCGCUGGACUCCUUGGACCUGCACUGCACAGACUUCUACCCCGAGGACUCCAUGCCCGCCGAGUCGCAGUUCUGCACCCCCCCGCGUAUUUCCAGAACAAUGUCUAUGGGGAGAAACCUGGCUGCCAUCGCCCAUGAGCGGCGUCACGUGGAGAUCAUAGAGCUGAACAACGACGGCAAGGGGCUGGGCUUCGGCAUCGUCGGCGGCAGGAGCACGGGGGUCAUGGUCAAGACCAUCCUCCCCGGGGGGGCCGCCGGCCAGGAUAAGCGUCUCUGCAGCGGCGACCAGAUCCUGCGGAUCGGAGACACUGACCUUCUGGGGAUGAACAGCGAGCAGGUGGCCCAGGUGCUGCGCAACGCUGGCAGCCAAGUGAAGCUGCUGAUCGCCAGAGACGACGCCAAGGAUAACCACCUCUCCUCCCCUGUCCUCAGCCCACGCGGGGCCGACGCCACGCUCAGUGACUCAGAGGAGGACUAUGAGUUCAGCGUGCAGUUCACUAAAAACUCUCUGGGACUGGGAUUCACCAUCACAAGCUACAUAGGCGACCUAAACGCAGUUUACAGUGCAGGUGUGACAGUGAAGAGCGUAGUGAAAGGCAGCACUGUGGACCAAGAUGGUCGCCUUCACAUCGGGGACAUCAUCCUUGAAGUGGACGGGGUGAGCCUCCAGGGUUGCAGUGAGCAGCGGGCCAUGGAGGUGCUCAGGAGGACAGGCCCCCUGGUCAGGCUGCGGCUGCUGAGGAAGGCGGUGCGUCUGAGCCAUAUCCUGCCUCCGGUUCCCCCCCUGCAGCCCCUCAGACACUCCCACAGCUUCAACGCUGGGAACCCGUACCGGGUGGCCCUCAGCAGGAUCCAGGAGCCAGCAGGGAUCCGUACUCUGAGUGAAAUCUCCCGGCGGGCCGCCUAUGCCAGCAGACGACCCAGGCACGACUGGAGGAAUGGAGUCAAGCUCACGCCAGCCGAGGAGCAGGACCUGCAGAGGAGGUGGGAGCGGGCCAUCGGGCCUCGGUUUGAAGUUGUGGUGUGCCAGCUGCAGCGGUUUAGCGCCAGCAGCGGCCUGGGCCUGAGCCUGGAGGCGCGCGCCGGACACCACUACCUUUGCUCCGUCCUGCCCGAGGGGCCCGUGGGCCAGAGCGGCAGGGUCUUCACCGGAGACCAGAUCCUCGAGCUCAACGGUAUCCCGCUGAUCGGAGAGACGCACAAGGAGGUGGUGAGCAUCCUGAAGGAGCUGCCGCUGCAGAUCUGCCUGGUGGGCUCCCGUGUCCGGGCCCCUGUGGUCCCGGAGAGCAGCGAGGACGAGGAGGAUGAGUCCCAGCUCACCCUCAAGGAGCUGCUGGCUGAGUUCAACGACAAGUUGGACCACGGCUGUGUCCUCCCAUGUCCAACAGCCGAGGACAUCACCAAGCGGGGGGUGCCCCCCGUGUCGCCCCCCCUGGCCAUGUGGGAGAGACAAACCUACGUGGUGGACCUGGAGAAAGGGGAGUCUGGGCUGGGCUUCAGCAUCCUGGACUACCAGGAUCCCGAGGACGCCACCAAGACGGUGCUGGUCAUCCGCUCGCUAGUGCCCGGGGGCGUGGCCGACCUGGACGGCAACCUGCUCCCCGGGGACCGGCUGAUGUGCGUGAACGACUCGGACCUACAGGGCUCCAGCCUGGACUACGCCGUGCACGUCCUCAAGUCCACCAGCUACGGCCCCGUCCGCAUCGGCGUGGCCAAGCCGCUGCCGUUGGAGCUGUGCGGUGGUCUGACGCCAAUCUCAGAGCGCAGCGCGCGUGCCUCCUACGAUGACGCUGACGGCCUCGUUCAGCUUAGUCUGCUAGCCGAGCUGACAGACGCUAACGCCAACGCCGGCCAUUCUGAGGAGAACCACAGCAGCAGCAGCCAGCUAGUCUACUCCAGAACGGAAAAGUUCCCCGCUCAGCACUCCGCCAUCAUGGACGACGGCGAUAAGCAGCAAGCCCCACCCCCCGUCCCCCACAACCGCCACCAGAGGACAAUCACUGUUGUCCGGGGCAACCAUAGCCUUGGGGUGUCAGUGGGUGCCCUGAAGGACGGUUCAGGUGUGCUGGUGCGCAGUGUGCUCCAGGAUGGGUGUGUCGGCCGGGACGGCAGGCUGGAGGCCGGUGACGUCAUCCUGGCCAUCAACGGAGAGCAAACCAGCAACAUGACCAGCGCCAAGGCCCGGGCCCUGCUGCGCAGACACUCUGUGAUUGGACCGGAGAUACAGGUGACCUACGUCCCAGCCAGCCAGGUGGACGAGCACCGCGCCAGCCUGCACCUGCCUCCUCUGGCCUCCCUCGCUGCCCCCAGCCCCACGCCCACUCCUUCUCCAGAACCUCCACAACCACCCCCCACCACCACCGGACCCCCGGGUCACCUGCAAACACAACUACCCCCCACCAGGACAGGAGCCCCCACCACGACCGGACCCCUGGGUCACCUGCAGACACAACCACCCCCCACCACGACUGAACCACCGGGUCCCCGGCAGACACUACCUCCCCCCACCACGACCAGACCCCCGGGUCACCUGCAGACACAAGCACCCCACCACCAACCCAUCCUGUCACAAGCCUCCCGGGUCCCGGGUCCCACGCCAGGUGUGGACCUCUCAGCAGCCGGGGCAGCGGUCCCACUCAGAGCUAAAGUCAACCGCCCGUUCACCAAACCCGUACAGACCAUCAGCCCGGCCUCCGAUACAAGGGACAGGAGAGGAGACAGGAGGGAUGGAGGGAUUGAGGAGCGAGGCCAGAACAAGGAGGAGAAGGAGGAGCAGAAGAAGAGGAGGAAUGUACCGACCUUGUGGGUCAGCGCGGCGGUGGGCAGCAUCAAUGACGAAGAGGAGGAGGACGAGGACGAAGAGGAACUGAACAACCCCAGAAUCCAGUCCUGGGGUCAGCCACGCAGCGUGGUGCUGUGGCGGGUGGGGGGCCGGUCCCUGGGCAUCAGCAUCACGGGGGGCCGAGGCAUGGGCAGCAGAGUCCCCGGUGGAGAGGUGAUGAGGGGGGUCUUCAUCAAGCACAUCAGCCCGGGCAGCCCCGCCGCACUCAACGGCACCCUGAGGACCGGAGACAGGAUCCUGGAGGUGUGUGGCAUGGACCUGAGGGACGUGAGCCACGAGGAAGCGGUGGAGGCCAUCCGUAAAGCAGGGGACUCGGUAGUGUUCCUGGUCCAGACCGGACAGGACAGAGCUCAGUCUCCGCUGCUCGGGAACCAUGAGAGACGAACCCCGACCCCUCAGUCCAACUCACAGAACACCAAGGACACAGAGAAUGUCAGUAAUAUCUUCCUUAGUUUAUCCCCCGCAAACCCCUUCACUCCUACCCCCUUCAAGGUACCGCCGCCAGCAACAGCCAAUAGGACAGACCAGAGAGGCCCCGCCCGCGUGGUGUCACCAACAGCCAAUAGGAGGGCCCAGAUGGGCCCCGUCCAUGUUGUGUCACCGGGAGCCAAUAGAAUGGACCAGACAAGCCCCGCCUCCGUCGUGUUACCAGCAGCCAAUAGGAUGGAGCAGACGGCCGUUAGGGCACUGAAGGAGGGCGCAGCAGAGGGCGAGGACGAAACCAGCAGGCGCAUGCUGCAGCGCUACGGCAGCCUGGCGGGCCGGCUCCUGAUGGUGGAGCUGGAGAAGGACCCCCGGGGGCCCGGCCUGGGGCUCAGCCUGGCGGGGAACAGGGACGGCUCACGGGCCCGCAUGAGCGUCUACGUGACGGCAGUGGACCCCCGGGGGGCGGCCGGCGCCGACGGGAGAAUACGCCCCGGGGACGAGCUGCUGGAGAUCAACGGUCAGGUCCUGUACGGGCGGAGUCACCAGAACGCCUCCACCCUCAUCAAAAAUGCCCCCGCUAAAGUCCACAUCAUCCUGAUCAGAAACACAGCGGCACUGAGUCAGAUGGACUGUGGCGCCAAAGCAGAAGACCUAGGGGACGGCCACACACAGGCUUACAUCCCCGAACCUGGGGAUCCAUAUAAGGACAUCCUUCACCUCGUACUUCCUCAGGAUCAUGUGUCUCUGGGCGUGUCCCUGGAGCAGGACCCCGCCCGGGGGGCCGUGCUCGUCAGCUCGCUGUCCCAGCACGGAGCCGCCGCAAAGCGGAUAUGCGGGCCUGCCGACCUCCCGGGGAACCCGGCGGACCCCCAGGGCUGCCUGGUUGCGGCGGGCCGGGAGAGCACCAUAGAGAUCUGUAAAGGGAGCACGGGCCUGGGCCUCAGCAUCGUGGGGGGCUGCGACACGCUGCUGGGGACAGUAAUAAUCCACGAGGUGAACUACGGCGGAGCAGCCCAGAGAGAUGGGAGGCUGCUGGCCGGAGACCAGAUCCUAGAGGUGAACGGCAUCGACCUGCGGCAGGCCACCCACGAGGAGGCCCUGGGGGUGCUGCGUCUGAGCACCCAGCGGGUGCGCCUGUGUGUGUUCCGGCACCAGGAGUCCUACCGGGAGGAGGACCUGUGGGACGUGUUCACCCUGGAGCUCCGACCCCAGCCCGGCCGUGGCCUGGGCUUCUGCACCGUUGGCAAGAACAACGACACUGGAAUCUUCGUGUCAGAAAUCCUGCACCAGGGCGUGGCUGAUAAAGAUGGCAGGCUGUUGCUAGGUGACCAGAUUCUGUCAAUCAACGGAGAAGAUGUCCGGGCUGCGUCCCAGAAGCAUGCAGAGAGGCUGCUACAGAACUGCGGUGGAGUGGUGUAUCUGGAGGUGGCUCGCUUUAAAGCUGGACUCCAAUACCCACAAGGCAGCCAGGAGUACUUUAAGUUAUGCUUUAUCCAGAAUGAGGACUCGGAUUGCUCCACCUUGACCCCCUCCAGUGCGUGUGAAACCGCCAUCGGUCACCAGAGGGAGACAGAGAGCAAAGCAGGUAACUACGGUAAUGGGCUGCAGAAAGUGGUCCUCGAGAAGGGUGCAUGCGAGUCCCUGGGCGUCUGCGUGGCAGGUGGCCUGGGCAGUCCCCAUGGCGACGUGCCGCUCUUCAUCGCUGCCAUACAUAGAAGCGGACCGGCGGCCAAGACUCACCAACUGCAGACUGGGGACAGGCUUAUCAGCAUUAACGGUGCUUCUACUGAGGGGAUGACCCAUCUGGAGGCGGGAGCCAUGUUGAAGAACGCCACUGGAACCAUCACUCUGCACAACGUCGCCCGGGCGUAUCAGACCAUCGCCCUUGAGCGGGGGUCUUCUGGCCUGGGGUUCAGCGUGGUGGGAGGCUUCGGCAGCCCUCACGGGGAUCUGCCAAUCUACGUCAAAACAGUCUUCAGCAAGGGUGCGGCGUUGGAGGACGGCCGUCUGAAGCGCGGAGAUCAGAUCAUCGCGGUGAACGGCCACUGUCUGGAGGGCUCCACUCACGCCGAGGCUGUGGAUGUCAUCAAGAGGACCAAGGGAACCGUGGUCCUCACCGUUCUCUCAUGA